UACGUUUUUGACGUACGAUGGGGCCGGUCCGGUCAGAGCGUGCAGGGCGGCCGACAGAGUCUCUGUACGACACGGCUGGGUGGCGUGUACGCAGGUUGGGCGCAGGACGGCCGCUCUCUCGUCCUACGUCUAGCACGGGAUCCCUUUUUAGAUUUGGGGGAAAGACAACGCUGAGCCGGAGGCAGUGGUGCGCGCCCAUGGUCGUUCAAGCUCUGCUCAUGGCGAUUUCAGUUGCGGCGGCGCCGGCGCUCGAAUUUGGUGCAGAUCGACGUCGGCGGCCAACGAUCCAGCAGCGCGCUUGGGGGCUUCCGUUUCGGCCGGUGGCGGCCGCGUCAAUAGUAGGCUCGCCGGGUUCUCCGGGGGGUCCUUGGCAGCGGCAGAUCGGCAACACGCCAGAUGUGCAAUCAGCGGGUGCCUCCUGCACGACAUUGAGCUCUGGCGGGGGCGGUUGGCCAUCGGCGGACGCAGGGGCUGGCGCACAUUCUUCUGGCGCGCCCGCGCUGAGCCACGACGGCCCCGGCAGCUCGCUCGGCGCUGCGGCGACCUGCAACGGUGGCGUCGCUGGGCACAAGAAAAGUUGCUCCAACCCAGUUCUGUUGUUCUGUAUCUCCAGUUCUAGUCAUCUGUCUUGUGUCUUUGUAUCUCUAUUUGAUCCUGAAGGCUGUAUUUGCACUGGUCUAUUUGCUUUCAAUUGGGAUUCGAAAGACUUAUGUUUGAGCUCACCAGGCUGUAUGGGAGUGUUACGGGUGGAGUUUUUCAUCCAAUAAUUGAAGUGAAAUUG